CCUUGGCAGAGCCGGCCCAGUCCCGGCAGCGAUGUUUGCCUUGCCUGGGGCGUUGCCUGUGGGCUGCACAGGGGCCACGUCCUCGGUCCCCUGUUGAUGCUGGCGACAGGGAUGCUGCAGGCAGGGAACCCUGGCCAGCAGGGUGAACUGUGGGAUCCCCCUGCCCAGUGCCGGGCACUGGCAGGGCUGGACCCUCCUCGCCGCCGUCCCCCUUGGGCAGGCACUGGCCUGGGGGGACAGGAAGCCCCGUAGGAAGUGACUUCAGCCCCGGUUCCUCGGCCCGGCUUCCUCCCCAUUCUUGUCCUUUCCCGCUGUUGCUCUUGGCAGGAGGAGUGUGCCCGUCCUCCGGCCCCAUUCCUGGCACGUGGCCAAACUCGCCGAAAGCCGCCCCGACGCCCCCACCAUGCACUGCCCCACUGAUGCCUUCAGCCUCUCAUGGCCCUCGGGGUGUGAUGUCAGUGGAACCCGCUGUCCCGGCACUGCAGCACCGACCGGAGCAGCUCCAUCGGGAGCAUGGAGAGCCUGGACCACCCCAGCCAGGCCUACUAUGAAGGAGACCCCUCACCCGUUGACCAGGGCAUGUACCACAGCAAGCGGGACUCAGCCUAUAGCUCCUUCUCUGCCAGCUCCAUCGCCUCCGACUGCGCCCUCUCCCUCCGCCCUGAAGAGGCCGUGUCCAGUGACUCCAGCUUUCAAGGCUCCUGCAAGGCCCCUGACGGGCGGUACCUGACCACAGGGGCUGAGCCAUCUGCCAGCCGGCACCCCGAGGCCUGGCGGGCGCCUGUGCCUCCCCAGCCCCCUGUCAGAAGGGACAGCCUGCGGGCAGCCCCAGGCAGCAGAGGGGACAGGCACCGGGCGUCGGUGUCAGCGGACAUGCUGCAUGCCAAGGGCCGGUGGAUCUCCGACACCUUCCUCUGCCAGCGGGAUGGGGAGGCGGAGGCGGUGGGCGGGAGGACGCUGGCGCCGUACCCCACGAAGGACCGUCUCUCUGCUGACCAGUAUUACAUGCUGAGCUCCCACCCGGACCGGUGCCCGGCUGAGCCGCUCCUGGGGGAGAGCAUGGAGUCUGAUGACCGGCUGUACCUGGAUGGCAGCACGCACCGAGUGCCGGAUGCCACGACAGCAGGUGACAACCCGUUGCUGUCCCCCCUCAAAGGCCACGUGCCACACCGGCACAGUGCUCCCGAGCAGCUGCUGGCCUCCCAGCUCCGCUCCCUGCAGGUGGGCUCCAGCAGUGAGCGAGCCUCGCCAGCCCCCGAUGGGCACCGCUGGACCUUGUCCCCACUGCACCCUGAGGGCAGCCGGGGGGGAACCGCAGGGGCUACCCAGGACCCCCCGCUCUGCCCAGAGCCUUGCUGCCGCCCGCCGCCCUGCCACUGCUGCCCCGAGCCGCAGCGAGCCUGCGGGCAGGACAGCCGGGGGGCCAGCCCGGCGCUCAGCACCGAGGGGCCAGCGGAGGAGGAGAGCCGGGCAGGGGCCCGGCGGGCCGGGGGUCCUCCCCACCGCUCUGCUCAGAUGCGCCGCCGCAGCGACCGCUUCGCCACCAGCCUGCGCAACGAGAUCCAGCGGCGCAAGGCCCAGCUGCAGAAGAGCCGGGGUCCCGGUGCCCCCCCGCCUGGCGAGGAGCCGGUGGAGGAGACGGAGGAGCCCCCUGAGAGCAGCGUGCCGGCAGAGGGACCACCCGCCCUGGCUGAGCGUCUCAGCCCCGCGCCGAGCGAGGACGGCAGGAACGCCGGCCGCUCGGGGGACCGGGGUAUCCCCACCCCUGACCCGCUGCCAGCCCCCAAAGGGCCCCCAUCUCCCGAGCGGGCGGUGCCAACAGCCAGAGGCCGCUGGCGCUGGUCCCCGGAGCGCAAGCUGCAGCCGCAGCGCUCGCCCAGCCCCGGUGAGCUGGAGGGCUACAGCCAGGGCCCGGUGGCCCGCAGCUCCCCACCACGGGGCAUCGACGAGGCCGUCCUCCUGCCCUUUGCCGACCGCCGCCGGUUCUUUGAGGAGAGCAGCCGGCCGGCACCGCCCCAGCACAGCAAGCCCCCAGUGGGCGAUCCCGGUGCCUUCCAGUCCCACGGCCCCGAGCACCGCGACGUCCGCCGCCUCUCGGUGGACCAGCCUUACAGCCCCCCGUCCCCCAGCCGCCCUGGCUCUGCCGGCCCCUACGCUGAGUGCUGCCGGGAGCAGCUCCCCCGCUACAAGCCGCUGGGGAGGCCGGGGGAGCUGGAUUAUGUGCGGGGCUUCUCCUACCCCUAUGGGGUUCCCCUGCGCCCCGAGCCCUGCCGCUACUGCGGAGGGGACCCGUGCCCACCACCGCUGCCUCGCGGUCAUCCCUGCCACUGCCACCCCCAGCCCUGGGCGCGCUGCCCCGACUGCUGCUGCCCGGCCCCCCGUCCUGGGCGAGAGGAGAGCGACGCGUGGCCCCCCCGGAGAGCUUUCGCCCCGGAAUUUCCUCAGGGUGACUGGGAGCCACCUGCCAUAACCAGGAAAGUCAGCCAGUCUGUCAGUGAGCUCUCCCACUACCAAAUGGGCUUCCAAAGGCUCGACCCCUUCCACGCCUGCUUUGAGAGCGCCAAGCCAGAGUGGCCACCCUGCUACCGGGCCACAUCCACGCAUGACCUCUCGUGGGAUAGUGAGCGCCUGGCCCGCAUGCCUGAGAGCCCCCUGGACCCGCUGCACCGCCCGCUGCGGGGCAGAGCCUUCUCCGAGAGCCACCUCAACCUGGAGCCUGCCAGUCCCCAGGGCCGCGACCAGAAGGACCUUUUCCGUGCCAAGCUGGACCAACCUCACGUCCCCAAAAAGAAGGGCCCCCCGCCUCCCCGACCACCUCCCCCCAACUGGGAGAAGUACAGGCAGCGCCGGGCAUCCCAGCACCCGCCGGACGGUGCUGGGCACGGCUCUGCCUUUGCCGCCCCGGUGCCACCCCGCAGCAUUGCUGAUGUGGUGCGUGAGCGGUCACAGAGCCUCACCGGGGAGCAGGGGGGCCGGUCCUGGGGGCAUGCUGCUCGCCCCCCUGCUCCACCAGGUGCCUGGCCCCGUCCCGAGCCCCCUGGAUCGCUUCGCAGGACUCCUGGGCCCGAUGUUGGCAACACCGAGAAUUGCAGGGUGGCAGGGCCUGGGGAGAAGCGGCCAAAGGCAAAGCAGCCCUGGGAGAUGGAGGAGCAGCCCCAAAGGCUCAUCCGGAACCAGGAGCGGGGCUGUGCUGGUCCCUGUGGGCUGGGUGAGUGCUCGCCACCCCUGCAUGGUGGCCCCGGCCCAGCCAUGCCAGAGGCACUCAAGCCCAGUCCCGGGGCAGCGGAGGGGGUGAGCUGCCAGGGCAGCCGGCCCCAGCCCCACCGUGUGGACUCGGAGGAAGUGCUGUGGGAUGUGGCAGUCAGGGACCACGCCCUGGCCAACGUCCAUGCCCCUUUGGCCCCCUUUGGCACCACCACUGAGGUGAUGGGCGAGCUGCUGGUGUCGGGGGAGCGGCAGGCCUGGCGAGAGCGUCUCCAGCGGGACUGGCACCUGGAGGCCCUGGCACAGGACAGGCAAGGUUUCGAGCCCAUCUCGCCACCCCCUGGGAGUGUUGCCAGCUCCAGCUCCUUCCCGGUGCACUACGGUGCAGCAGCAGGCAAAGCUGAGCUGCUCAGCAAGGUGAUGGCACUGCCAGAGGUAGCAGAGGGGAGCUCAGAGGAGGAGGAGGAAGUGGACCACGAGCUGGUAGAAAAGAAGCUGCAGCUGAUCGAGAGCCUGAGCCGCAAGCUGGCGGUGCUGCGGGAGGCACAGCGGGGGCUGCAGGAGGACAUCAGCGCCAACGGGGCACUGGGCGAGGACGUGUCUGCCCGUCUGCAAGCCCUCUGCACCCCAGGGGAGUUCGACAAGUACCGCCUCUUCGUGGGCGACCUGGACAAGGUGGUCAACCUCCUGCUCUCCCUCUCGGGGCGCCUGGCCCGGGUGGAGGCUGCCCUGGGCAGCCUGGGGCCGCACGCCCCCGCCGAGGACAAGCUGGCCCUGCGGGAGAAGCGGCGGCUGCUGGUGGCGCAGCUGGAGGACGCCAAGGAGUUGAAGGAGCACGUGGGGCGGCGGGAGGAGGCGGUGGGUGCCAUGGUGGCGCGGUACCUGCCCGCCGAGCACCUCCAGGACUACCAGCACUUUGUCAAGAUGAAGUCGGCCCUCAUCGCUGAGCAGCGGGAGCUGGAGGAGAAGAUCAAGCUGGGCCAGGAGCAGCUCCGGUGCCUGCGCGAGAGCCUUGGCCAGGCCUCCAAGGGCUGCUAACCCCCUACCCAGCCUCCCUCUGGGACCCUGGCUGUGGCCCCAGCUUGCUGCCAAAGCAGAUCCAGCCCCUCAUGGGCUCUCCCUAUGUCUGUCCAUCUGUCCAGCCCCUGCCUUUUAUUUAUUUCUCUAGUUUACCAAUCAGGGGAGGGGCUGCCAGUCCAGAUGCAGACAGGGGGUGUUGUGCCAAAGAGCUGUCACGGACUCUGUGGCCACCCAGCAUCCUGUGGCUCAGCAGGACCAAAUGGAUAGAUGCUGCCAUCACCCUCAGAGCUCUUUCUGUGCUGAUAGGGGUCCUUCCACCUUGUCCUGGACACCAGUGCCUGUCCUGCUUUCGGUGCCGCACCACAUGCCUUAAACACCCCCCAGCUGCCCUGGGGCAUAUCCACGCAGUGCCUGAAAGGGUUAAAGCAUGCUUGCCCUCUG